AUGACUUUUGUUGGUGCGAAUGCCGAGUUAAGAAAACACCACGCUGCGUUGCGAAAACAACUUGGAACAGCUGCUAGUGCUAUGAGUACUCGAGGUGUUUCGUGGCACUUUAUACCUCCAGGGUCUCCAAAUUUUGGAGGUAUAUGGGAGGCCGGCAUCAAAAGCACAAAACAUCAUUUAAAACGCACAAUAGGUAGCGCAACGCUGACAUUCGAAGAAUUCUACACAGUGCUAAAGCAAAUCGAAGCGGUGCUUUACUCAAGGCCGCUGUGUGCUUUGACUGAUGAUCCGAAUGACCUAUCGGCGCUCACCCCUGGGUACUUUUUGGUGGGCGGCCCCAUUUUAGCUACACCCGAACCUAGCCUACUCGAAGUUGAUACAAGCAGGCUCAAAAGGUGGAAACAAGUUCAACAAAUGCAGCAAGAUUUUUGGAAGCAAUGGAGUUAUGAAUAUUUACGAGAACUACAAGUCAGGCAUAAAUGGUUUCAACGCAAAGAGAAUCUGACGGUUGGCAAUUUGAUGCUGUUGCGCGAUGAGCGUGCUCCUCCUACUCAUUGGCCGCUUGGGCGCAUAAAGGAAGUUCAUCCAGGCGACGAUGGUGUCGUCCGAGUAGCAACUAUACGCACAGCGUCGUCUGUUUUAAAACGUGCUAUUUCGUAG